UGGCGCUUGGCCCUUUCGGUGGUGACGCCACUGCAUCCUGUCUUUCUGAUACUCUUACAUCUGGAGAUCUUCAGAUUUCUCUUUUAAGUUCUUCCACCUAGACACGUAAGCCUGCAUCUCCCUCUUUUUUUUCUCUCUUCCCUCAACUCAGCAACAUGAAUACGGAUCCAGCUCAGCCCCAAUGCCCGCCUUGCCCCGAAGCGCCCGAUUCUAGGGACUCUUCUCCAGUGCCUGAGAUUGAUGGGCCUGAAGAAAAUUAUGCACCCUUGCAAAUGUCAUCUGCUGAGACCCCCCACACGGAGACCGUCUCUCCUCUUCCUUCCUGCAUGGAUCUACUUGUUCAGGACAGCCCCGAUUCUUCCACCAGCCCCAGAGUAAAAGUGCUGCCCACUUCUGCAGAGGAGAUCACCGCGAAGAAGGACGAUCCAGCUCAGGGCAAGAAACAGAAGAUCAGAACCGUCUUCUCUCAGACCCAGCUAUAUGUACUCAAUGAUAGAUUUCAGAGACAGAAAUACCUCAGUCUCCAGCAGAUGCAAGAACUUUCCAACAUUCUGAACCUUAGCUAUAAGCAGGUUAAGACCUGGUUCCAGAACCAGAGAAUGAAAUGUAAGAGGUGGCAAAAAAACAACUGGCCAAAGAAUAACAACACUGUGACUCAGGGAUACCUGAUGAACACUUCGGGAAACCUUCCAAUAUGGGGCAACCAGACCUGGAACAGCCAGUCGUGGAGCAACCAGACCUGGAACAGUCAGUCGUGGAGCAACCAGACCUGGAACAGUCAGACCUGGUGCCCCCAAGCCUGGAAUGGCCAGGCCUGGAACAGUCAGCUGCACGACUGUGGAGAGGAAUCCCUGCAGCCCCAGAUACAGUUACAGCAAAAUUCUGUCAGCGAUUUGCAGUCCAUCUUAGAAACGACUGGGGAAAGCCACAGUGUAAUACAGCAAACGGCUAAGUAUUUUAGUGCCCAGCAAAUAAUGGAUUUAUUCCCAAACUACCCUGAACAUACAGCCUGA